AUGUCAUCCCAAGAACCCCAACAAUCCCAACCUCCCCGCAAAACCUACAACCUCCGCAACCCCCUCCCCCUCUCCGCCGCCCAAGAAUCCGAAGUGAAGCAACUCUACUACAAGCGCGUUCGCUCGCUCUGCGCACCGGAAAUCAAAGCAUUCGCCGAAUGCGCCGUCAACCGAACCGUCACCGCGACAUGGGUAUGUCGGGAGCAACGACUAGCGAUGAACGCGUGCAUGGUUGCGCAUGCGAAGCCAGAGGAAGAAGACCGGGCGCGGGAGGAAUGGUUCUCGACGCAUGAGGAGCGACGUCGCGCGAAGGAGGCGGAGGUCGCACGGGUGGAGAAACGGAGGGUGGAGGUCAUUAAAAUGAUGAGGGAGGAUGAGGAACGGAGGAAGAAGGCUGCUGCU